ACUUGCACAAUUUUCAUAUCUCCACCACAACUCUUCUUAUUCUAUAUUCAUAACUCUUUACAUUCCUCCUUAGAUUAUGGCAUCUAGUCGCGGAAAAUCUUUUUUACAAGAAGAAGACCAAGUUUUAUGCGCUACGUGGCUCGAAAUUUCUCAAGAUCCAGUCAUGGGUUCUAAUCAAAAGAAGGACAAGCUGUGGGAACGAAUUUCUGCUUUAUUUCAUGAAAGGAUUUCCAAUAUUUGUAAUGCUCAAAGGACUCCAAAGUCUCUUUCAUGCCGAAUGCAAUUAAUUAUGAAGGCCAUCAGUAAAUUUCGAGGAUGUAUUCGACAAGUCGAGCGCUUAAAUCCAAGCGGUGCUUCUGAGCUUGACAUUAUUAAACGUGCUAGGAUAAUAUUUGCAGAAGAUCCAGAAGAGAGAAAGGGGUUUCUAUUUGAUCAUGUUUGGUCAAUUUUAAAAGAUGCAGAGAAAUGGGCAAAUAUAAGUGUCAGAUCGCCUGCAAGUUCCAAAACUUCAAAGUCCCGCUCAUCUCAGGGAUCAGAUUCAAGAAGUCAAUACGGAAUACUUGACUACAGAAGCGGUGGAUAUGGAGGAAAUGGCCUGCUCGAUUUUUAG